ACGGAUGGCAAUUCUUAUUGGUCACUGUCACAUGACACCCAACUAUAACUAGUAGGUACAUUCUCUGCCUGGACAACUGCUGCAGGGCAGUCCAAGGACAACACGGGACAGACAGACACUCGGAGAGAAAGAGAGACAGAGAGAGAGAGACAGAGAGACAGAGAGAGAGAGAGACAGAGAGAGAGACAGAGAGAGACAGAGAGAGAGAGAGAGACAGAGAGAGACAGAGACAGAGAGAGAGAGCGAGAGAGGACACUGACUGACUGAUCAGCUUUCUGACUCCAAACACCCAACACAUCUUCUGAUCAAGCUGCAUCGGCGACUUCAGGAGAAGAAACUCACACAAAGGGUUUUGUCUUGUCUCCUGUUCACCCCUGUUGUUCCGUCGUCCGGUCUUUUCACCCCUGUUGUUCUGUCGUCCGGUCUGUUCACCCCUGUUGUCCCUGUAGUCAGGUGUGUUGUUCUAAAGCUUCAGGAUGCAGAACCAGACGAUGCAGAGCCAGAUGAUGCAGAGCACGACGAUGAUGCAGAACCAGACGAUGCAGAGCCAGAUGAUGCAGACGUCUAUAGACUAUAGUAAUGGAUACAUGAUGCAGACAUCAGUAGACUAUAAUAAUGGAUACAGGAUGCAGAUGCAGGAACAGCAGGAUAAUGACUACACCAUCCAGGAGGAUGAGUGGGACAGAGACCUGCUCCUGGACCCCGCCUGGGAGAAACAGCAGAGAAAGACCUUCACAGCUUGGUGCAACUCUCACCUGAGAAAGGCUGGGACUGGGAUUGAAAACAUCGAGGAGGAUUUCAGGAACGGGCUGAAACUCAUGCUGCUGCUGGAAGUCAUUUCUGGUGAAAGACUUCCCAAACCAGACAGAGGGAAGAUGCGCUUCCACAAGAUAGCCAACGUCAACAAAGCUCUGGAGUACAUCACCAGCAAAGGAGUGAAGCUGGUCUCCAUUGGAGCUGAAGAGAUUGUGGACGGCAACAUUAAGAUGACUCUGGGAAUGAUCUGGACCAUCAUCCUGCGCUUCGCCAUCCAAGACAUCUCAGUGGAAGAAACCUCUGCUAAGGAGGGUCUUCUUCUAUGGUGCCAGAGAAAGACUGCCCCCUACAGGAAUGUCAAUGUCCAGAACUUCCACGUCAACUGGAAGGACGGCCUUGCGUUGUGUGCCCUGAUACACAGACACCGUCCUGACCUCAUCGACUAUGCCAAGCUCAACAAGGAUGACCCUCUGGGUAAUCUGAACCUGGCCUUUGAAGUGGCAGAGAAACACCUGGACAUCCCCAAAAUGUUGGACGCUGAAGACAUCAUCAACACCCCCAAGCCCGAUGAGAGAGCUAUCAUGACCUAUGUGUCCUGCUUCUACCAUGCGUUUGCUGGAGCAGAGCAGGCAGAGACAGCAGCUAACCGUAUCUGUAAGGUUCUGGGGGUCAACCAGGAGAAUGAGAACCUCAUGCAGGAAUAUGAGAAACUGGCCAGUCAGCUGUUGGAGUGGAUCCGUCGUAUGACCCCCUGGCUAGAGAACAAGUCACCGGAGACGACCAUGGCUGCUAUGCGCGGUAAACUGGAGGACUUCAGAGACUACCGUCGACAACACAAACCCCCCAAGGUGCAGGAGAAGUGCCAGCUGGAGAUCAGCUUCAACACCCUGCAGACCAAGCUGAGGAUCUCCAACCGGCCCGCCUUCAUGCCCUCCGAGGGACGGAUGGUCUCAGACAUCACCAGUGCGUGGACGGGCCUGGAGCAGGCAGAGAAGGGCUAUGAAGAGUGGCUGCUGAGUGAGAUCAGGAGGUUGGAGCGUCUCAACCACCUGGCUGAGAAGUUCCAGAUGAAGUCUACUACCCACCAGGACUGGUCUGUAGGUAAGGACAGUGUGCUGUCUCAGAAGGAUUACGAGUCUUGCUCUCUGACGGAGGUGAGAGCUCUGCUCAGGAAACAUGAGGCCUUUGAGAGCGACCUGGCCGCUCACCAGGACAGAGUGGAACAGAUCGCUGCCAUCGCACAGGAAUUAAAUGAGCUGGACUACCAUGCUGCCUCCUCCAUCAACGAGCGCUGCCAGGGCAUCUGUGACCAAUGGGACCAGCUGGGGACCCUCACCCAGAAGAGGAGGGAGAACCUGGAGAGGACGGAGAAGUUGCUGGAGACCAUCGACCAGCUGUUCCUGGAGUUCUCUAAGAGGUCAGCUCCCUUUAACAACUGGAUGGAAGGAGCCAUGGAAGACCUGCAAGACAUGUUUAUAGUUCACACUGUGGAUGACAUCCAGAGCCUGAUCUCAGCCCAUGACCAGUUCAAGGCCACCCUUCCGGAGGCUGACUGUGAGAGACAGGCCAUUCUGAGCAUCUACACGGAGGUACAGAAGAUAACCCAGAGCUACGGCAUCUCUCCCAACCUCACCAACCCCUACAGUGACAUCACACCAGCAGAGAUAGGACUCAAAUGGGAAAAGGUGAAGAAGCUGGUUCCACAGAGAAACACUAUUCUCCAGGAGGAACUAGCCAGACAGCACGCCAACGAACGUCUCCGACGUCAGUUUGCUGCCCAGGCCAACAUCAUCGGACCGUGGAUCCAGACCAGGAUGGAGGAGAUCGGUCGUAGUUCCGUUGACAUCGGAGGUUCUCUGGAGGACCAGAUGAGUCAGCUGAAGCAGUUUGAACAAGUCAUCAUCAACUACAAGUCCAACAUCGACAAGCUAGAGGGAGACCAUCAACAUAUCCAAGAGUUCCUGGUCUUCGACAACAAACACACCAACUACACCAUGGAGCAUAUCCGUGUGUGUUGGGAGCAGCUGUUGACCACCAUCGCUAGAACCAUCAAUGAGAUCGAGACCCAGAUUCUGACGCGUGACGCUAAGGGCAUCAGCCAACAACAGAUGAACGAGUUCCGCCAGUCUUUCACUCACUUUGACAGGAAGAAGAAAGGAGGCAUGGAGACAGAUGACUUCAGAGCCUGUCUGAUCUCCAUGGGCUAUGAUCUGGGAGAGUCUGAGUUUGCCCGCAUCAUGUCUCUAGUGGAUCCCAACGGGUCCAACAAGGUGACCUUCCAGUCCUUCGUUGACUUCAUGACUAGAGAGACGUCCGAUUCAGACACCUCAGAGCAGGUCCUCGCCUCCUUCAAGAUCCUGGCUGCUGAUAAGCCCUUCAUCCUGCUGGAGGAGCUGCGUAGAGAGUUGCCCCCAGAACAGGCAGAGUACUGUAUUACCAGGAUGCCCCUCUACAAUGGGCCUGAUGGGGUCCCAGGGGCCCUGGACUACACUGCCUUCUCCACUGCCCUCUAUGGGGAGAGUGACCUCUAGCUUCACACACCAGAAAUGCACCCUGACCUUGCAUCAGUCUCUCGCCCACUUUGUUCCACACCAUUUACAUCUAAAUGGAUCAAUAUUUUAACUGGUACUAAAGGGAGCUAUGUUUGAGAAAUACAAAGCAUUUUAAAGCUGUUUCAUGAGUAUAUGAUUUCUAAAGAGUAGGGAGAAAUAUUUAUUUCAAAGGACUGAGCAGGAUUCAUUCACUAGAUUAACAAAAAAAAAAGAUGACUCAGUAAAUGUGAAAUUACAUGUGAUUCACAUAAAAGUAACUUACACAUAAAAAGUAACUUACACAUGAAAAGUAACUUACACAAAAAUAAUUUACACAUAAAAGUAACUUACACCUAAAAAGUUACACAUAAAAAGUAACGUACACAUAAAAGUAACUUACACAUAAAAAUAAUUUACACAUAAAAGUAACUUACACGUAAAAAGUUACACGUAAAAAGUUACACGUAAAAAGUUACACAUAAAAAGUAACUUACACAUAAAAAGUAACUUACACAUAAAAAGUAACUUACACAUAAAAAGUAACUUUCGCAUAAAAAGUAACUUACACAUAAAAUGUAGCUUACACAUAAGAAGAAAUUACACAAAAAGUAACUUACACAUAAGAAGCGCUACUAAGUUAUUUGCUAGUCACCUAUGGAGACCUAAAGAUACACAUUUGUGAGAAGCUCGUAUUGUCUCAGUGUUUGUACUCUUCUAAAUUAUUACAUAAAAAACAGGGGACGUUUUUGCCUCAUCUGUUCAGUGCCUAAAAUGAAUGAAAACGGACCCAGUAUGCUAGCCUGGUCCCAGAUCUGAUCUCACCCAGCCUGGUGUCAGAUCUGAUCUCACUAGCCUGGUGACAGAUCUGAUCUCACUAGCCUGGUCCCAGAUCUGAUCUCUCCUAGCCUGAUCCCAGAUCUGAUCUCACCUAACCUGGUCCCAGAUCUGAUCUCGCCUAGCCUGGUCCCAGAUCUGAUCUCACCUAGCUUGGUCCCAGAUCUGAUCUCACUAGCCUGGCCCAGAUCUGAUCUCACUAGCCUGGUGCCAGAUCUGAUCUCACUAGCCUGGUGUCAGAUCUGAUCUCACUAGCCUGGUCCCAGAUCUGAUCUCACCUAGCCUGGUUCCAGAUCUGAUCUCUCUAGCCUGGUGCCAGAUCUGAUCUCACUAGCCUGGUCCCAGAUCUGAUCUCACUAGCCUGGUGCCAGAUCUGAUCUCACUAGCCUGGUGUCAGAUCUGAUCUCACUAGCCUGGUCCCAGAUCUGAUCUCACCUAGCCUGGUUCCAGAUCUGAUCUCUCUAGCCUGGUGCCAGAUCUGAUCUCACUAGCCUGGUGCCAGAUCUGAUCUCGCUAGCCUGGUCCCAGAUCUGAUCUCGAUAGCCUGGCCCCAGAUCUGCUUUUGCCUACUACAUUACCAAUGUCUGGCAUGACAGUUCCAUAAGGAGUUGGCCCCCAGGCUACAUUAUAAUCCACCCAGGCUACAUUAUAAUCCACCCAGGCUACAUUAUAAUCCCCCCAGGCUACAUUAUAAUCCACCCAGGCUACAUUAUAAUUUACCCAGGCUACAUUAUAAUCCACCCAGGCUACAUUAUAAUCCACCCAGGCUACAUUAUAAUCCACCCAGGCUACAUUAUAAUCCAUCCAGGCUACAUUAUAAUCCACCCAGGCUACAUUAUAAUUCACCCAGGCUACAUUAUAAUCCACCCAGGCUACAUUAUAAUCCACCCAGGCUACAUUAUAAUUCACCCAGGCUACAUUAUAAUCCCCCCAGGCUACAUUAUAAUCCACCCAGGCUACAUUAUAAUCCACCCUGGCUACAUUAUAAUCCAUCCAGGCUACAUUAUAAUCCAUCCAGGCUACCAGUAUGUGAGAACUGCAGUACUGUUUAUUGUCAAAACGAGUGAAAACUUGGGUUCCCCUAAAGGCUCAUCUUGAGUCAGUCUAGCAUUUCUCCCAUUAAUGUUUAGGGUUAAGCUUGGGGGAGGGGAAUCUGAUCCUAGGUCUGUACCUAGGGGAAACUUUUCACCACAGAGCCUCAUGAUAUGACAGUAACUAGGCUAUUUUGAUGCCAGAAACAAAAUAAUGUAACUGUAAAAUAACAAACUGUUUGUCUGGGUAAAACUACAAUCUUAGUCCCCUCAGCCGCCGGUGUGGAGUCUGUAGUUAUGAAGAGUUACUAGUGUAAGGCAAACAAGCAGAAAAUAAACUCCGUGAUUAAAA